AUGGAACAACGGGAAGAGCACCUGCUAAAUUUGGCACCUAUGCGUGUUCGACGUGAUAGCAUGGAAUCAACUGUUGCUGAUUAUCUGGCUCAUGAAGCGUUGUAUUCUUCUCAAGCAGGCUUUUUACAAUCAGAAACCGAUUGCGCAACGUUUUUUACGUCACCUGAUGCAUCAUUAGAACUAUCUGAUACUGAAAUAAUUGAUGAGCUGGAAUUUGACGAGCCAUUAGAGCGUUUUAUGCGGAAUGAAAUCGCAUACAAUGAAUUCAUGGAGAUGACAGGGGGCAUCGGUCUUGAUGAAGAGGAAGCAGAUUACUUUGAUGUUGAAGAUAGGGAAUAUGGCAAACGGUUGAAAACGGAUUUUACAUUGCCAGAUGCAAGUUUGGACAUAGAAGGUGACAAUGAAGAACUGUAUGAUGCUGAUUAUAGUUUAGACGACACUUUUGACGACAUAGGAGAUAUACAGGUCAAGCCCUCUGUGAUUUCAACUGGUAUAUUAAUUUUCCAGGAAUCCUCAGCUUCAAAAUUGACUUCACAUGAACGAACUCUUGAAGAAAUAGAUGAAGAUCGGCUGUUAGGUAUCCCUCUUGAGCUCAGAAAUAAUGAGCCAGUUUCGGGAUCGUCUGUUAAAGUCACUGGAUCUGGAGGAGAGAGACGAACAAGAAAAAACAAGACGUUAGAAGCUUUGAUUGGGCAAGCGAAUGUUAUUUAUGCAAAAGGACAAACAAAAGAAGCUUUAACGAUGUUGCAAGAGGUGAUCAGGCAAGAACCACGCAAUCCUGAACCAUAUCGACAAGUUGCCGGUAUAUACAAUGACUUGAAUCAGCCUGAUAAAUCUUUUCAGUAUGGCUUAUUAGCUGCUCAUUUAAGUGGUACCCGUGCAUCUGCUGUUGAAUGGGAAGAAUUAGGAAAUUAUGCUCUAAAACUGCACAAAAUUGAAGAAGCUGCUGCUUGUUAUGGAAGAGCAAUACGAGCUGAUCAAACUAAUCAUUUUUUGUACGAAAAAAGAAUUGAUGCACUUGAAAAGGUGGGACUUAAUGCUCUUGCCAUGCGGACACGAUUUAUGGCAGCACAGUCAGUUAAUCGAGAGCAAGUGGAUUUCGAAUGGUUUCGAAAUAUGAUAACUAUUGCAGCUGAUCAUUAUAUCAAGUUGGACGAUGAGCAAAAAGCUAUAGCAGCAUUAGAAACAUUUGUCCUUCGCAGUCGUGAAUAUAAUCGAGAUGCUACAGAACAACUUGAAAUUGUUAUUGAUUUACUGAUGAAUAGUCAACGUUUCGGAGAUGCUGCAAAAUCUAUUUUCGCUCUUUGUCCUGGAAUUGCCGCUGUUGACAACAGGGGGCGCUUUGCUAUUGAAAUCAUAUACAACAAUGCAAGCUACAUAGUGAAAUCAUUUCCCCCUGAUGAAGAGCAUCAUUUUCUUAUUGAUGAAAGAUUGUCAUCUGUUUUACUAGCACGUCUUGUUAUUUGUUUCAUCAGGAUUGGUUGCAAAAAUUUGGUUCCGACUCUUGUAGACAAGCUGUUUGAAAGGCCUGUGAAUCUUGAUAAUCAGCAAUUAUAUUUGGAUAUAGCACGUUCUUAUCAUGCCGUUGAUUGUGUUGCACACGCUCAAAAAUAUAUUGAGCAUUUGUUAUCUCGUUCAGAGUUUUCAGAUGUAUCUGAGGCAUGGUUCUUAUAUGGACUUUAUCUUUCUAUUCGCAAAAAAUAUAUAGAAGCUUGUAAAGCAUAUCACCAUGCAUUGGAUCUCCAGCCGUCACAUGUUGAUGCACGUAUUAAUUACUCAUCUAUUCAACAGCGAUUAGGCAUGGUUGAAGAAGCGUUUGAAACGUUACGAGAUUACGUGUUGGAUGCAGGAAACAGUAUACCAGAUGAAAGACUGUUGAUACGUCAAGCUGACUUUUUGUUCGAGCGCAAACGAAUGGAAGAGUUUUCUCGUUGCGUGCGUAUGAUGUUGGCUCCCCAUUUCUACGAAAUCUAUUCAAACAAUAUGGCUUUACUUAAAAAAAGGCUGUCAGCAAAUGAAAAAGGUGCUAAGAUUGGCGUACAUCAUGGGAUUCGUAUACAAGCGUUCAAUGCAGUCCGUGGUUCGGCCCUUGAAAAAUACGUUAAACGUGUUGGCGAAUUCGCAGCAAUGGAAGAGCGUACGCCGAGUGAAAUAUCAAGUACUCAGAUGCAUGAUUACUGUUUGAAAUUGGUGGAGACAUUUUUAAAUCAAGAACGGUUUUUGGAUGCGUUACACGUGUGCUGCUAUGCUUAUUUACAACCACUUAUCAGCAAAAAUACGAGGACAUUGGAAACGUUCCAGAAUUUACUUUUGUUUUGCUCAAUUAGUGCGCAUUCUUGGCAUCUGGCAUUCGAAUACAUCCGAUGGUACCAUACUCUUUCGAUGAAUAAUCAAUCAGUCAUGUCAGCAUCAGACCGUGAUCUUCUAUUUACUCGUAUUUUCAAUGCAAUGAAUUUUGUUUUUUGUCGUUCGCAAAGUGUCACUUACCAUCGUUUCAUAAUGAGGGCACUUACACGCACUCCGAACAACUUUGCACUUCAAAUAAUUUCUGGGAAUAAUUCUUUAAUUACUGGUGCAUAUCGUCAUGCUCUAGGCGAAUAUUUGCGUGCUUGGAAACAAAAUCCUGAUGAUCCACUUGUUUGCAUGCUUAUUGGAUUGACUUUUAUUCAUAUAUCUUGCAAAAAAGAUAUUUUCAGUCGUCAUAUGGUUGCACUGAGAGGUGUGGCAUUUAUGAACCGAUAUCAAAGAUUACGUGGUAAUAAUCAAGAAACUAAUUACAACAUAGGAAGAAUGUUUCAUCAAAUGAAUAUUUUACCGUUAGCGAUGCAUUUCUACGAAGAAUGUUUAAAGGCCGAUAUUCCAAAACUUGUAAUUACAGAUGGAGAAAGCGGGAAACAACGUUUAGUAGAAGAUGAGAGCAAUAUUUGUUGUCUUGGAGCCUCACAAGGUAUGGAUAAUAAGCAGGAUCAUGAAUGGGAGCUAAAUCGUGAAAAUAUCAGACCACUUAGAAGUGGCCGAAGGGUGCAGUCCAUAAAUAGUGUUUUUAGUGGGCCAAAAAUCUCUAUAAGUGAAGCAGAGAAACGGUUUGAAAAAGAUUUUGAACUUGCGAAACAUUCGGAUAACCCACUGGAUAUUUGCAUAAACUUUGUUAAAUGGUUCGAGGAAAAUUUCCCAACAGGAAAACAAUCUCACCUUUUCUCAGUGUUGACGAGGAUAAUUAAUGCAUUUGGAUAUCGUGAAGAAUAUUUGAACGAUGAGAGAAUGUUGAGAUUUUGGAUAAAACUAACUGAAAAUAAAUCAGAUGCAAACGUAGAUACAUUUUUUGAGCGUGCAUAUCUUGCAGGAUGUUGUCGUCGUUUGGCUAAAUUUUAUGUUAGAUGGGCUGAAGUUCGUGAAGAUUCGCAAAAUAUUAAUGGAGCUCGGGCAGUUUUAAAUCAUGGCAGGGAAAAUUUUGCUGAACCGGUUAAUUUGUUGAAUGAAGCAUCUGACGCAUUGGAAAUGCGCCAAUUACGAAUGAUGAUGAAUUUGAGUGAUGCUGAUGAUAACGAAGUUGAUGAGGUCGAACUGAAUAUGAAUCGAUUAGCACUUGGCCAGUUAGCUGGUAGUUUGGGGCCGAAUCGAGAAGCUCCAGUGGUCCGUGACGCUUUUCGAAAACCAGGAAGUUUAUACAAUCCCAGCCAGUCACAAAGUACGUUACAUGAAUUUGCAAAAGAAAAGAAAGGAAACAACUUCCAAAUUUAUCAGGGUGAUGAAGUAUUUGACGAUGGAAAUUUGUUAGUUCCAAGAAGUUUUGGAGAUGAUUUAGCUCACGUCGCAUUAGUUCAAAAUAGCUGGGAUCCCACAAAAUGGAAGGAUGCAAAGAUUGAUGGUAUACCCAAAAAAAUUGAAAGAUGUGAGAUCCCCUUUUCGGUUUAUGAUGACAACACAAUUGAUUUGCCGGAACACAAAUUAAUGAAGAAACAUUCACGACUGCUUGUCGCAAACAAAGAGAUGUUUGUACUGGCAUUAAUGGAGGAUACUGUGCGUAUUGCACCUCAUCAAUUUAAUGAACCAUUUGAGUCGGUGCUCACGAGACGUUUAAAUGAACAACUUGCAAACAAAAUUGUACCGGGUUUGGGUUUAUGCAUUGUAAUUUAUGAUAUCGUUGAAAUUGGUGCCUCAUAUAUUUUACCUGGGGAUGGUAGUUCACAUACAAAAGUUAAAUUUCGAUUCAUCGUUUUUCGACCAUUCAUCGACGAAGUAAUUGAAGGGAAAGUAUUGUCGAGUAACAGAGAAGGAUUAACGAUAUCUCUGAUAUUUUUUGAAGACAUAUUCAUACCAGCCCAUCGUCUGCCACAUCCCUCAGUUUUCGAGGAGGAAGAACAGGUUUGGUAUUGGGAAUAUCAUUGUGAAGAUGGACAAAUUGCAAAACUAUACAUGGAUCCAGGAAAAAUAGUUCUUUUUCGAAUUGUUGAAAAUGUUUUCAAGGAUAUAGACCCAGAAAGCAGCCAGGAUGAGUCGAAACGCGAAAAAUCUUAUCAAAUCAUUGGAUCAAUGGCUGAAACCGGCUUGGGAUGCAAGCUGUGGUGGGUAUCUAACGAGGAUUCUGAUGAUUAG